AUGUGGACCUUCAGGACAACUCAACUGCUUUUGAGGUGUGCUGCUCUUCGCUCAACUCCUUCACUUGCUCGUCAUUAUUCUGCGCCUUUACGAUGUCGAAUACCACGCCAACACUUUGACCAGCGACGAUACAACUCGAAUUCACCUACCCAGUCAUUUUCCGAUCCCACCCGCCCUGACCUCUUUUACCACCUCAGCUACCCAAAUUCCGGCUCGCCACCUAUAUUUGCUGUAUCAUUUUUGCCUCAUGCACCACCAACACCUGAUUCGCCCACAAUUAUUGGCUGGCUACCCGCGCAGGGAGCUGGGGAAGAAGCAGGGCUCAAUGAUUUCACUGAGAAUCAAAAAUUCCGGGACGUGCUGCAUCAGGCUAUACAGGACGGUCUACGUGAAGGUGUAGACGAGGUGCAGCAGAAUGGUGCGACUCAGCUACAGAACGGAUGGAUGCACAUACAUGACGAACGGAAUAUCCCGCCAUUAGGACGCAUCGGCGACCCAGAUGACAUUCUUGCCUCGGUUCUCGUCGAGAACGGGAAAAUACUGGCCAAUACAUACCAGCCCAUGCCAGCCUAUCGGUUCUGCACAUCCCACGGUGUCAUCCAAUUAACACCUGGCUUGAGUCAAAAGCUUAGGACUCUCCUCGAACAGCUUAGCGCGUAGAUAACGCGUACCGUAACCAGUGCUGCGCGAGGUCCAAAAGGAUACAGACAAGUGAUUGCCAAGUUAUAAAUGGUGUUCAUUCGGUGCUCCCUAGUUGGUGCAGUCUCUGGUCAUUUACAGCUGGUAACCCAAUCCGGCCAUGCUUGA